AGCCAGGAGACCCUCUCGAGCAUGUAGGGAAGUGAGUGAACACUGGAUGGACACACAGAAGCCUGAAAAUGGACAAAGAAAACAGUGAUGCUUCCUGCAAAUCCUCAGACCUGAAAAUAUCCAACAUCUCCAUUCAGGUGGUCAAUGUCCCAGGGAAGCUACCAGGGAGAAGACUACCUCGAAAACCCAUUGGCAAACCCAGGCCUCGCAAGCAGCCCAAGAAGAAAGUUCCCCUUUGGAAUGUUCAAAAUAAGAUCAUUCUCUUCACGGUGUUUUUAUUCAUCCUGGCAGUCACAGCCUGGACACUUCUGUGGCUCUACAUCAGUAAGACAGAGAGCAAGGACGCCUUUUAUUUUGUUGGGAUGUUCCGCAUUACCAACGUUGAGUUUCUUCCUGAGUACCGGCAGAAGGAGUCCCGGGAAUUUCUCUCCAUGGCGAAGACAGUACAGCAAGUGGUAAACCUGGUUUACACAACAUCUGCUUUCUCCAAAUUUUACAAGCAGUCUGUGGUCGCAGACGUCAGUAGUAACAACAAAGGUGGUCUCCUGGUCCACUUUUGGAUUGUGUUUGUCAUGCCUCAUGCCAAGGGCCACAUCUUCUGUGAGGAGUGCGUGGCGGCCAUCUUGAAGGACUCCAUCCAAACCAGCAUCAUAAACCGCACCUCUGUGGGGAGCUUGCAGGGCCUGGCUGUGGAUAUGGACUCUGUGGUGCUAAAUGCUGGGCUCCGAUCAGACUACUCUUCCACCAUAGGAUCUGACAAAGGUUGCUCCCAGUACUUCUAUGCAGACCAUAUUUCCCUCCGCUACCCUCUGGAAAUUUCUGCAACCUCGGGACAGCUAAUGUGUCACUUCAAGCUAGUGGCCAUUGUGGGUUAUCUGAUCCGUCUCUCAAUUGAGUCCAUCCAGUUGGAAGCGGACAGCUGCAUCACUGACUCCCUGACUGUUUACGACUCCCUCCUGCCCAUCCGGAGUGCCGCCCUGUACAGAAUCUGUGAACCCACAAGAACCCUAAUGUCAUUUGUUUCUACAAAUAAUCUCAUGUUGGUGACACUCAAGUCUCCUUAUGUACGGAGGCUCUCAGGGAUCCGGGCGUAUUUUGAAGUCAUUCCAGAACAAAAAUGUGAAAACACAAUACUGGUCAAGGAAAUCAACAGCUUUGAAGGGAAAAUUUCAAGUCCGUAUUACCCAAGCUACUAUCCUCCGAAGGGCAAGUGCACGUGGAAAUUUCAGACUCCCCUGACAACUCUUGGCAUAGCCCUGAAAUUCUACAACUAUUCCAUAACUAAGAAGAGUAUGAAAGGCUGUGAGCAUGGAUGGUGGGAAAUUAAUGAGCACAUGUACUGUGGUUCUUACAUGGAUCAUGAGACCAUUUUCCGAGUGCCCAGCCCCUUGGUGCACAUCCAGCUUCAGGGCAGUUCCAGACUGUCUGACAGACCUCUUUUGGUAGAAUAUGGCAGUUACAACAUCAGUCAACCUUGUCCUGCUGGAUCUUUUAGAUGCUCGUCCGGUUUGUGCAUCCCCCAGGCCCAGCGCUGUGAUGGAGUAAAUGACUGUUUUGAUGAAAGUGAUGAACUUUUCUGUGUGACUGCCAAACCUGCCUGUAAUGCCAGCAUCUUCCAGCAGCGUGACCCUCUGGUCUGUGAUGGCUUCUGGGACUGUGAGGAUGGCCAGGAUGAGCAGAACUGCACUCAGAGCAUCCCAUGCACCAACAGGACCUUUAGAUGUGGCAAUGACAUUUGCUUCCGGAAACAAAAUGCCCAAUGCGAUGGGAUAGUGGAUUGUCCCGAUGGAAGUGACGAAGAAGGCUGCAGCUGUAGCAGGAGUUCAUCCUCCCUCCACCGCAUCGUUGGGGGUUCUGACUCCCAAGAGGGGACCUGGCCAUGGCAGGUCAGCCUCCACUUUGUUGGAUCAGCCUACUGUGGUGCCUCAGUCAUCUCCAGGGAGUGGCUUCUCUCUGCAGCCCAUUGUUUCCAUGGAAACAGGCUGUCUGACCCCACUCCAUGGACUGCUCAUCUUGGCAUGUAUGUGCAGGGGAAUGCCAAGUUCAUCUCUCCAGUGAGAAGGAUUGUGGUCCACGAAUACUAUAACAGUCAAACCUUUGACUAUGAUAUUGCUUUGCUACAGCUCAGCAUAGCCUGGCCCGAGACCCUGAAACAGCUCAUUCAGCCAAUAUGUAUUCCCCCAGCUGGUCAGAAAGUACACAGUGGGGAGAAGUGCUGGGUGACUGGCUGGGGGCGAAGGCAUGAAGCAGAUAAGAAAGGCUCCCCUGUUUUGCAGCAAGCAGAGGUAGAGCUCAUCGAUCAGACAGUCUGUGUUUCCACCUAUGGGAUUAUCACUUCCCGGAUGCUCUGUGCAGGGGUUAUGUCUGGCAAGAGCGAUGCCUGCAAAGGAGAUUCAGGUGGACCUUUGUCUUGUCGAAGAAAGAGUGAUGGAAAAUGGAUUCUGACUGGCAUUGUUAGCUGGGGACAUGGAUGUGGAAGACCAAAUUUUCCUGGUGUUUACACAAGGGUGUCAAAUUUUGUUCCCUGGAUUCAUAAGUAUGUCCCUUCUCUUUUGUAACUGCACCUGUUGGAUUUUUAACUGUGACUUACAUGAUAGAUUCUCGAAAGAGUGUAAUUAUGAUCAAUAAAAUUAAUCUUUUUUUC